AUGAGCGGAGCGUACUAUAAAGGGUUCGACGGACUCUCUGAUUCAGAGGAACGCAGGAUUGUUUUGGUGGGAAAGACCGGAGUGGGAAAGAGCGCUGCAGGAAACACCAUCCUGGGCAGAGAGGCGUUCGAGUCGGAGCUGUCCCCGUGUUCCCAGACGGCUGAAUGUCACAAAGCUAAAGGCUCCGUCGACAGUCGGAGGGUCGCCGUCAUCGACACUCCAGGCCUGUUUGACACAAACUUCACCCAAGAGGAAGUGCUGCGGAGGAUCAAGAUGUGCAUCUCUCUGUCAGCUCCGGGUCCUCAUGCCUUCUUAGUGGUGCUUCAGCUGGGCAGGUUCACGCAGGAGGAGAAGGACACCAUCAAGAUGAUCCAGAUCACUUUUGGUGAAGAAGCUGCUGGAUACACGAUGGUGCUGUUCACACACGGAGACCAGCUCAGGAAGCAGACCAUCGAGGGCUACGUGGCUGAGAGUCCUGACCUGAAGGCUCUGAUCCGGACCUGCUACAACCGAUACCACGUCUUCAACAACGAAGUCAAAGACCCCGACCAAGUCAGCCAGCUGCUGGACAAAAUCGACAAGAUGGCCAUGGCUAACGGAGGACGCUACUACACCAACGAGAUGUUCCUGAAAGCAGAGGAGGCCAUCCAGAAGGAGAAGGUCCGCCUCCUGAAGGAGAUGGAGGAGCAGAGGCAGAAGGAGCUGAGCGCACUGAGAGCCAAGGUCGGAGAAGGAAGCACGUACCGCAGGGAGGAGCGGCUGGUGUACAAGAGAUACGAGACUCGCGCCAGGAAGCAGGCGGAGAGAUCCAACGACUUCAUCGCUGCUCCCGCCAUCCUGUUAUCUGCGACCUGCGGCGCCGCUGUCGGAGGGAUUAUUGGCAUCGCAGGAGGUCCCAUCGGGAUCGCAGUUGGAGUUGCAGCUGGAGCAGCUGUUGGAGCUGCAGUUGGAGCUUUAUCAGUCCAGAUCUCAGAGCGAUGCAACGUUCAGUGAGAGGAACCGACCCGGUCCCUCGAUAGCUCUGAAAC